AUGACAGCCGGGACUGUGGUCAUCACAGGUGGAAUAUUAGCAACUGUCAUUCUACUUUGUAUCAUCGCCGUCCUCUGCUACUGUAGGCUCCAGUACUACUGCUGCAAGAAGGAUGAGUCCGAGGAGGACGAGGAGGAGCCCGACUUCGCUGUGCACUCCCACAUCCCGCCGCUCCACUGCAACCGCAACGUAGUGCUGACCAACGGCCCGUCCCUCUACGCCUCGUCACCCUUCGGCAAGAAGCCGGCCCCAAGCCGGCCCGGCUGCCCCGGCUGCGCGGCGUACCAGCCCCCCCCCUUCUUCCUGGCCAACCUGCAGGCGCUCACCCCCAGCCGGCUCUCGGCCAUGCGGGAAGCUUCCUCCCGCAGCCGCAGCAUAAGCACCGACGUGUGA